AUGGCGCCGGCUUGGACGUCACGUGGACCGUCGAUCGUGCAUCAGCACCUACGCUUCUCUUUCAACGUGCUGCUAGGCGUCAUGACCACCAUGCUUCUGCAGCAUCUUGCGUACCGGUUCUCAGCGCCGUUCCUUCGCGAGGCUUCAUCAGGCGUCGGCGACAAUGCCAUGGCAGGCAUCGCACCGCAGCCACGAAUCGGUAACAUCGAAGGACUUGCUGCACAAAUCGGCUCGAGUCCAGCGGAUUUUUCCCGCGCCAAUGCAAUUCUAGCGGAUCUUCGCAUCAGGCUUGAUGCAUUGGCCAGACGCCUUCCCACACUAUCCGCGAGCGAUGCUGAUUUCGAGGCCAUUGGACGAGAGCCAGAGGGUCUGCAUCUACCCGCUCACCCGCCUGUGGCCGCUCUGCCUCUGCCGGAGCAGACCGUGAUUCGCCGGGACGAGCCUCCGAUCUACCAGCACCUGCGCGAGCAGAACAGCCUGCAGACGCAAACACAAACGGUGGACGGCGCUGCUCCAAACGAUGCGGUAACAGACGGCAGGGUAGUUCGUGAUCCGGUGACUGACGGCGCUGAGGACGCUGAAAUUGCCAACUCGGUGAAAUCUGAGGAGACUCCAGAUCAGGCUGGCGGUGCUGCCGGGAACCUGGAUUUACUCACAACGCACUCGACGGAUCAAGCAUUUUCUGGUGACAUUUCGAGGCAGCUUCUGAGCGAUGCUUCGGGGGACAUGACGGUCGAAGCAUCUGGUCUGCCUGCUUCUCGGAGAGUGCCGACCUCUCCCAAGUAUUUUCUCUCCGCCAUGGUGUACAAUCGCGUCUUCCGCGGCGACCGUCUCAAUUUCUCAUCUUUUGAAAUCUGGCAGUGGGUGGCCUUCACUCGCCUGGCCGGCGUGGAGCACGUCUUCUGGUACGACUGCGCGCACGACGCCUCGGAACGCCAGGCGGGAGCCCUCGGGCCCUUCAUCCGCGCGGGCUACCUCACCUACCUCCCGCUGCACCGCGUUCUCAGCGCGGCGUACAACGUCUUUCCCGAGCAGAACGGCGCGAUACUGCACUACCUCAAGGAGUAUCGCAACGCGUCCACGUGGGUGCUGUUCUGCGACGUCGACGAGUUCGUUUUCGACCCUCGGGAUCUCCGCGCGGGCUUCCUCUUCCGCUUCAUGCGCAACGUGUCUCUGUCGGAUCCCUCAGUCACCCAGGUCCUCGCGCCAAACAUUUUCUUCGUAGGCAACAGCGAAGCCCCUCGGUCCUCCCUGCUCUUCCGCCGCUUUACUCAGUGCCAGCACUUAGCGGACUGGCGGCAGCACCUGCAGCGUUCGAAGCCAAUCGUGCGCGUGGCAGCGGUGGAGCAGUGGGCGGACAUGCGCGUUGCGCCGCACUUCUUCCCCAUGGCCGUGGGCGCAACUGAGCGCGCGGAUCCCGCGCAGCUGCGCAUGCACCACUACUGGGGGCCGCGGGGGACGGGGUUUGGCACAGAGACGAGGGAGUUUGCGAAAGCAGUGGAGAGGGAUUCUACCAUUCAACCAUUGGAGCUGCCUCUCAGUCGGAUGCUGGACCCAGGCCUGCCCUAUCUCACCUACCUGGAUGCGAAGCGAAGGAUCCUGGAAGCAGCGGAUAGCGCCAUGCGGUUCUCCUACACCCUUGCUGACCCCAUCGACAAGGCUGGACGGACCUUUGACCAGCUCCGUGUUAUGAUUGUCACACACAGGUGCUAA